GUGGCCCGCUGUGCGGAGAGAGCGGACGGGUGCGAGCGCACAGGAGGGAACGCGCACUGGUGGGCGUGCACCGGCGGAAGCGCGCACCGGGAGGGAACGCGCACUGGUGGGCGCGCACCGGGAGGGAACGCGCACUGGUAGGCGCGCACUGGCAGGAGCACGCACUGGGAAGGAACGCGCACUGGUGGGCGCGCACCGGCAGGAUAGCACGGGAGGGAACGCGCACUGGUGGGCGCGCACCGGCAGGAGCGCGCACUGGGAAGGAACGCGCACUGGUGGGCGCGCACCGGCAGGAGCGCGCACUGGGAAGGAACGCGCACUGGUGGGCGCGCACCGGGAGGGGGGGGCUCACCGGCGGGAGCGCGCACCCGGCUGGCCGGAAGGAGAGCGCUGCAGCCGGCGUUCGCUCUGGACGCCGGAAGUCUCUAAGCCUCGCGUUGUCGCUUCCCUGGCUUCACUAUUGCCCAAGGUAACAAUCUUCAGCAGUCAAGAUGUCUUCGGCACCUGAUCCUCCAACAGUUAAAAAAGAACCAUUAAAAGAGAGAAGCUUUGAAAACCCAGGCCUCCGAGGGACACACACAACAACCUUAUUUCGAGCUGUGAAUCCUGAGCUCUUCAUUAAACCUAACAAACCCGUGAUGGCUUUUGGAUUGGUAGCUCUUUCACUCUGUGUGGCUUACAUUGGUUAUCUACAUGCCACACAAGAGAACAAAAAGGACCUCUAUGAAGCCAUUGACAAUGAAGGGCAUCGGUACAUGAGGAGAAAAACAUCCAAGUGGGAUUAAGUGCUACUUCCUUCAGGUGGAGCACUGUUACUGGCUCUGACACCUUUAAAAGAAAGACUGUUAGGACACGGAAUUGUUUCUUGUUCCAUAAUAUGUUAACAAGGGAGAAUAUACAGUUGAAAGCAAUCCGCUGUGUUGAGUUUAGUCUCGUUGCAGCUGAAGGUAUUAAAUUCUGUGUAAUAAAGAUACCUAGUCCUGUUACAUUUGCGUGGAGUUUCUAAUGUUUUAAAGUGAAUUGCGCCCUUGCAGCAAUCAUUUACUGUUCAGUAGAGAAGAUAGCCCCUUCAGGGUUAACUAAAAACCACGGUUAAAUGAAAGAAUAAAA